AUGGAAGAGCUAUUGGAGGCUAAUUUGAUGGAGCUUGUAAAAACUGGUGAUAUUCAUCACGAAGAUAUGAGAGUGGCGUUCUUCCGAUUGAUCAGUUUACUGUCAGAAUAUGGCUCAAUCUUUGAGCAGGUUCUUUCAGAAAUUGAAAAUCCGCUGACUUGGUGGCUCGCUUCAAAAGCUUCUUCUGAAGAAGCAAUUAUUUGUCUUCCUACUUUAUCUAACUCUUGCGAUCUUUUACAUUCCAUCGUGGCAGAGUUGGAAUUCUUUGAAUUUGACGAACUUUCGAAAGAGAAGUUGGAUGUGAUCAUCGAAGUUUUGCAGAAGAAAGAAAUUGUCAGUGUCCCUGAAGGCGCACUGGUUCUUUGGUCGAAGAGAGAAGAGGUUUUCGGAGAUGAGUUCUUGAAGGUCAUUUUUUCGACAGAAAACGCGGAAGGCUUGAUAUCAAGUGAUCUUUGGAGAAUCUUCGAGGAAUCGAGAGAAAAUGCAUUUCUCCGCAUUCUCGGGAAAAUAGAAGAGUAUUCUUCGGAGACUGUUCUCGCUGAAAUCAAAAACACGAUUGACUCGUGGGAGGAUAAUUUCACGAUUUUUACUAACUGCGAAGAGGAUCAGAUUCGAACUUCUUUGGAACUUCUAUUGGAGACAAAUUCAUUCGCUAGAAAAGCAGAAAAUUAUCUCAUUGAAGCGGAAGACGACAUUAGAUUUGUCAUGUUGCUCAAAUUUUUAGAAGAACGUGGUGAUUUAGACAUCAUUUCUAAUCCGCUUUCACUGGCAUUUCAUCGUGCUGAAUUAAUUCAAAAAGCAGAUGUAACGCUCAGCAUAGAUGAGAAUGAAGAGGACGACUUCAAGUCUUUCUUUGACGAAAUUUCUACCAGUGAAAAUAUAACAAGAGCAUUUGAAGCCGCAGAAAUAUUGCGGGACCAAAAAAUUGGCGGCUUUCUGAAGAGCGAACUACAAAAGCGAGUUCGACUUUCAGUAGCAGUAAAGGCCGAGCACGAGCCUGAAAAACUCGUCAAACUGAUUCUUGAGCAUUCAAACGAAGAAACUGAGGUUGCAUAUUUCUUCGAUGAUCACAAAGAGGCAAAUACUAUUCCUGACGUUGAAGAUAUUUUAGUUAUCAGUACAAAUGUUUCAAAUCGGGAUAAUUUUAUUAGCAUGCUCUCUGCAAAUAUAGAAAACCCCUUUUCAUGGGGAAUAUCAAGCGUUUCUGGUGAUAACUCUUCAUGCCUCGUCCCGCUCAUUGCCGCCUCGUCAAAAAGCAUCAAAGAAGAAAUCACUGAGUUCUUUUCUGAGGAAUCGAUCGUUCUUUCUUUCGAAGAGAACUCAACCACAAAAGUAGAUCCGGUGAUGAUAGAAGAGUGCAUCGUUAAUUUUUACAAAGAGAUGCCUCAAAACAUCAGGAGUUUCUUCGAAAAAACAAUCUUCUCAAAAAUCGUCGAGGACAAGAAAGUCGAUUGGAUGGAAACGCAGCUAGGAGAAAUCGCACUUUCAAUCUUUGACAAAUCCACUCCUGCUCAAGAACUAAAAAUUUCAUUUACCGCGCUUCUGAAUCGACAUGGAGGAAGCUUUGAAACAAUGAAGAGGAUUUUCGAUCAACUCAAAAUGAAGCACCUGAACGAAGUAAUCGGCGACAUGGUUUUGGCAGAGAAGUUUUUGAUGAAAUACAUCGAGAUCGUGAUUCUAAGCUCCUUCGUUGGAGACAACAAGGACUCAUCAGUCAUGGAGAAUAUUUUAGAAAUACAGCCUGAGUUUUUCAGCCAAAAAGAAAGAAGUAUCGCGUUUCAGUCAUUGUCGAAAAAAGCAAAGUCCUCGAAGAUAUUUUCAAAGUUUAGUGAUAGCGGUGGUAAACCUGGCGUCUUUCUUCGAACAAAUGAAGACAUUGAACUAAAAAAAGACGAUCAACUUGCUCAAUUUUUGAAACAAACGGUUGUCAGUCACUAUCAUCUCUCUGAAGAAAAGGAAGACAUGAACGAGAUCCCGAAUGUCUCUCUUGAUUCCAUCCUUGGUGUUGGAAAGAUGAGCUUUGUAACCAUCGGCCGCGUGACUUGCGAAGAAGAGUUGGCUGAACUCAAAGUCAAAAAUAUCAAAGGCUCCGUUCUCAAAGUAUUCAUCAAGCCUUACUCCCGGUCUUCUUUGCUGAAACUCGAGGAUUCUAGCGUUGAAAAAUUCCUCGAGCCCCUCAGUGGGGUGAAAUUCAGUGACAUCGGCGGAACGACCCGUGGGUUUGUUCUUCAGACAAAGUUUGACAUGAAUCUUGGUCAAUUUUUGGAGAAAAAAGGGUGGCUCUUCAAAGAAGACGCGCCAACCCUAGAAUCACGAGUUUUCUUACUAAAGAAGAUCUUGGAAGCAAUUGGAUAUCUUCACGAGAAUAAUAUCAAUCAUUUGAAUUUGAAGCCCUCCAAUGUUCUAAUUACGCAAGAUCUGGCGGGAAGAAAAACUGCUUUGGACGUCUGCGUCCGCGAUUUACGUGACAACAAUUUGAAAAAGAACGAAAUGAUGCUCUGCCCAGGUUUUACAUCUCCUGAGCAAUUUAUCUCCUCAACCAUUUCUGAAACUUCCGAUUUGUAUCCGAUCGCACGAUUAAUCCUCUUCUGUCUCCUUGACAAUCAUCUAUUCUGGUUCCUUUGCUCAAGGCCUAACACCCGCGAGGUCCUUCAAGAUCAUCUCGACGGACUUGAACAGCUUCCAGAACUCAUGUUCUGCGUCAAGCAGAAUUUAAGCAUGUCCAGCGACUUUAGGCAAAAUUCUGUUCAGCAAUUAAAAUCAAAAUUGCCAUCGAUGCUUGGCGAGCUCAAGCAUGCUUCGCCGAGAUUGAAAGAACUUUUUAACUUCAGACCAAUUCUAAAAGUGCCAAAUUCUCUUUGGGCUGGAACGCUCACGGGUCCAUCUCUUCCAGAGCGCAUUUCAAUCUUCCUCGAGAACCUAAACGAUCCCAGUAUAUCGUCAGAGUGCAACGAUACUUAUCUCAAACUGUCCUACUUCGUGUGCUAUUCCUUCAAAGCUGCGGUCGACAAAGAGCUUUCACCGAAAGGAAAACUCUGGACGAUCGAGAAUAUAAUGCUGCUUUUCACUGGCGCAAUUUAUGACGAAAAAUGUUUCACAUUCGUCACUUCUCAAUACGCCAAAAAGGAUCUCAAUCUUUUCCGAAUUCUGAGAAGAAUGAUGGAAAUGCUUUGCUUCGGCUCAUUAGUCCAGAACGCUCCCUGGGUGGAUGUGAUAGAAAUGCUCAAUAAGGAUCGGCCAACGAGCACUAGAAAAGUUCUAGAGCUCAGGCAGACUAUGGUCAAGGAAGGCAAUGAAUUGUGCUUCGAAGUUCCUGUUGUGACGAUGACAGCUGAGAAAAUAGCAAUGAUUUCUCUGCAAAAGAAAAUGACGCUUGUUCAGAGGCAGAAGGAAAUUUGCCUUGAGACAGAGAAAGAAAUUGAUAUCAUAAAGUGCCUGAAAAUCGACAGUUUGAUAAGAGACCAGACCAAAUGCGAAAACUUUUCCCUGAACGAAGAAUGCUUAUAUCUUCAAUUUUCAUAA